AUGGAAAUUAAAGUUGAAUAUCCUUGGAAGCCAAAGGUAUGCCAUGCUUGCAAAGGCUUUGGACACUCUAUAACAUCUUGUUCCAAAGCAUCGCCCCAGCAGAGAGUACCUUCUCAGCAGGCUGCACCUCCCCAACAGGCAGCACCUAAGGAGACUUGGCAAACUGUUAAAAGCCAUAAGACAGCAAAAGAGGGGAAUUGGAAGGGGAAAGAAGUGGUCUCAUUCCCUCAAGUGGUUGAUCAAAAUCCUAUAAAUCCUCAUGCAACAAGCAAUCUGCCAUCUAGUAGUAGCCACUCCAAACCCACUAGUGAUACUCAUGUUAAUGAUACUAACUUUGUUGAAGCUGUCCCAAUUGAUACUCAGAUCCUACAAACCAAACAACAAGUCUCUUGCCCUGAAGUGGGCAAAGAAGUCCUUGAAGUCAUGCCAGCUUUCAAGGAUCUAACCAAACCCCAAAGUGAGAACGUUACCAUAAGGGUCCAAGCCUCUAAGAUGGAGCUUGACAAAUGUCAAAGGCUUUUAGGGUAUUUUCCUAUGGAUGCAGCCCUGAGAUUUCUUGAGAAGCAACUCCUCCAGGAUUAUAUUAUUGCAGCAAAAAAUGAGGAAUCCUUUCUGAGGCAAAAGUCAAGAGUUCAGUAG